CCCAACUAGGCCAAACUAAAAAUUCUAAUGGACAGGCCAGAGAUGAAUGUGGUUUUGAAAAAUGUCAAACCAGACCAAUGGGUGAAGUUAAACUUAGGAACAGUGGGGUUUUAUCGGACCCAGUACAGCUCUGCCAUGCUGGAAAGUUUAUUACCAGGCAUUCGUGACCUUUCUCUGCCCCCUGUGGAUCGACUUGGAUUACAGAAUGACCUCUUCUCCUUGGCUCGAGCUGGAAUCAUUAGCACAGUAGAGGUUCUAAAAGUCAUGGAGGCUUUUGUGAAUGAGCCCAAUUAUACUGUAUGGAGCGACCUGAGCUGUAACCUGGGGAUUCUCUCAACUCUCUUGUCCCACACAGACUUCUAUGAGGAAAUCCAGGAGUUUGUGAAAGAUGUCUUUUCACCUAUAGGGGAGAGACUGGGCUGGGAUCCCAAACCUGGAGAAGGUCAUCUCGAUGCACUCCUGAGGGGCUUGGUUCUAGGAAAACUAGGAAAAGCAGGACAUAAGGCAACGUUAGAAGAAGCCCGUCGUCGGUUUAAGGACCACGUGGAAGGAAAACAGAUUCUCUCCGCUGAUCUGAGGAGUCCUGUCUAUCUGACUGUUUUGAAGCAUGGUGAUGGCACUACUUUAGACAUUAUGUUAAAACUUCAUAAACAAGCAGAUAUGCAAGAAGAGAAAAACCGAAUUGAAAGAGUCCUUGGCGCUACUCUCUUGCCUGACCUGAUUCAAAAAGUCCUCAAGUUUGCACUUUCAGAAGAGGUACGUCCGCAGGACACUGUAUCGGUAAUUGGUGGAGUAGCUGGAGGCAGCAAGCAUGGAAGGAAAGCUGCUUGGAAAUUCAUAAAGGACAACUGGGAAGAACUUUAUAACUGAUACCAGGGAGGAUUCUUAAUAUCCAGACUAAUAAAGCUAUCAGUUGAGGGAUUUGCAGUUGAUAAAAUGGCUGGAGAGGUUAAGGCUUUCUUCGAGAGUCACCCAGCUCCUUCAGCUGAGCGUACCAUCCAGCAGUGUUGUGAAAAUAUUCUGCUGAAUGCUGCUUGGCUAAAGCGAGAUGCCGAGAGCAUCCACCAGUACCUCCUUCAGCGGAAGGUCUCACCACCCACAGUGUGAAUCCUGAGGUGCCGCCAUUGGCGGUUCUGCUGCUUCGCUGCAGGGAUAAGGUGGAGCUACCGAACAGCUGAUUCGUAUGCCAAGAAUUUGGAGUCUUCUUUCAAACCAGUGGGGGCUGGACAAUGAAUGUAGUUAACUGGUUCCUGCUCACAUUCCAGAAUUAAAUUCUAUUGAAAAAGGAAAAUCAGCAAUUCAGCAAAAAAUAAAUAAAAAAUAAAAAUGUAAAUACGAUAGUAAUAAAAUAGAGCAUAACGAAACUG